AACAUUCAGAUGUAUGCUUAUAAGUGUCUGAAUUAUCAGGUUGUGAAAGAAUCUAAGAAAGAGUUAGAAUUUGUGAAAGCAGUUUCAGAGAUAAUAGAGAAGAUGAUAAUGAAGUUUCUACAUAAUAAGAUCUAUGUUAACUAUGAAAUGCUGUAUGAGAUUCUAACUGAUAUCAGUGUGAAUCUU